AUGGGAUCGUCAAAUGCCCUGAAAGGCAAAAAUACAAACCCAAGAAGAAAACGCCUUAUCCCGCGCAAACGCGGCCUCUUACCUGUCUCAACCUCAACCUCAGCCUCAACUUCAACAUCAGCCUCAAAUCCGACGUCAUCUAUAUCGACAAGAACAAAAGCCCACAAAACAAUAAAUCCAAGCGCCGUCCCAGCAAUCAUCCAACUUCAGAGACCGGUCUUCUCAUCUUUGAGAGUGUCAACUGCAGGAGAUGAGGGCAAGAGAGACGAGGAGUGCGGCAGAAGUCGAUACACCACCGGCUUAGAUGAUGAAGAUAUUAAUAUUAACAAAGUAAUCCGCAUCGAAUUCGAUUCUUCGCAAGCUCCUCAGCCCUUUUUAGAGCCGGAGCUGCUACAAAGAAUCAUUGAAUGGAGGCGCCAGAAGAAGCAGAAAGACGAUGAAGAUGAAAAAGACGAGAUAAGGGAUAUUCUAGCAGAAUCGAAUACACAGCGAGAAGUUCACAGAAGAGCAGCACAGACUGACUACGGUAGUAUGGCGAUUAGAGAUCGAAUGAAUGUCAGGAAAAGGAGGAAUGAUCAUAUCUGGUUUGCGAUCAUUCUCUUUGCCAGUGCUUCGCUCAACUACCUCGCUGUCUACGGAGGCAUCAUCAAUUCUAUCAUCUCAUCUCACGACCUACUACACCACACAGAUGGCACAAAGCGAAAAUCACAAAAUGGCGCAUCUUCUUCAACCGUCAAACAGACCAAUUCCUCUCAAUCAAAUGGAUCAAGACAAAACACUGACAUCAACACCCCUCAUCCCGGCGCCCAACAAGCCGAAGAUUUCGGUAUUGUCCUCCGCGAAUUCUACCCCCCAGAAAUGAGCAACGCGCGCUGCGAAGCAUACAACAACGGCACUCUGGAACGGCCCAUAGACACACUCAACAGAGCCUACGCAGAGACCGACCAGACCCGGAAAGACAUCAAGCCGCGCAACGCGGUUUUGCAUUGGUUCAAGGGUGAUUUGCGACUCAAGGACAACCGAGCGCUAACGAUGGCGUCUGAGUUGGCUGCAAAGAACAAUAUAGUCCGUUGUCCAGCCCGCGUGGAUUUUACGCUUCGCAAUUUGAAGGUGCUCCAACAAAAGCUGGAUAACCUUGAUAUCCCGCUGUAUAUGGAGACGCAAGAACAGCGCCGAAAUGUGCCCGGACGAAUUGCGGAGUUGUGUGAACGGUGGGGCGCUAGUCAUCUCUUUGCCAAUAUCGAGUAUGAAGUCGAUGAACUGAGAAGAAAGGCGAAGCUUGUGCGGUUGUUUGCUGAUAAAGGCGUUGCGUUUGAAACUAGGUGGUUGAACAUGCGAAGAGCAGGGAUAGGGCGCUGA